AAUCCUCAACUCUGGGUGGCGGUGAUGGUGCUGGUCAUAACUACACGCACGCCCACGGCUGCCAGAACGCCCACGCCCAUGGUCACCUCAGCCGCCCACGAGACCAGGGAACACCUCAACUACACCUUACCGAUUCUUGUGGUGCGGGAGAACCUGUCUUACCGCCCCUCUCAAGACGACGCCCGCACGAGACUUACAGCUGAGGCGGGGAGGGAGAGGAAGAAGGACGAGGAGGAGGAGGAGGACAGAUUAUUUAGUGGACCAAGGGAAGACGAAGCGAUAUCCAGCCUGUUCCCGUCACCCAGCAACCUUCCAAGACUUCCAACAGGGCCGAAGGGAGAGAGGAAGAAGGGCGAGAAGGAGGAGGAGGAGAAAGAGAAGGAAGGGAACAGAUUCUUUAGUGGGCCAAACCAAGAAGAGAGACGUUCCAACCUCUUCUCUUCAUCCAGUGACCUUCCAAGACCUUCAAUUGAGGCGAAGAGAGAGAGGAAGGAGAAGGAGGAGGCAGAGAAGGGAGGGGACAGAUUCUUUAGUGGGUCAAACCAAGAAGAGAGACUUUCCAACCUCUUCUCUUCAUCCAGUGACCUUCCAAGACUUUCAAUUGAGGCGAAGAGACGAAGGAACAAGAACGAGGAGGAGGGAAGCGACAGACUCUUUAGUAAAACAAUUGAAGAAGCGAGACUUUCCGAGCUGUUCCCGACUUCCAGAGCAAACAAGAACACGAAUGAGAGGUUACCGAAGUCAGACAGGGACGAGAAGGAGGAGGGAAAGGAGGAACUGAGCAGAUUAUUCAGUAAACUAGAGGAAGAGGCGAUUUCCGAGCUGUUCCCUUCACCCACACCGAACCAGAACACGAGAGAGGUAUCAUCGAAGUCAGUUAGCGAUGUCAGCCUUACGGGGAGUCACACAGCAGCCUCCCUUGGACAUUACGAAAAAGAGAUGCUUGCCAAACUGUUCCCUUCCACCAGACGGAAAAAUAACACUGAUACGGACUCGAAAACGUCAGAUAGCGAUGUUAACCUUGCGAGGAAUCACGAAACAGUUGCCUCCCUUGGACAUUACGAAGAAGAUAUGCUUUUUAAACUGUUCCCUUCCUCCGCACUGAACAAGAACACAAACAGAAGAUCAAAUACGUCAAAUACCAAUGACUCAAUAACAAGGAAUCACACAGCAAUAGCCUCUCUUGGUGGUUAUGAAGAAGAUCGAGCGCUUUCCAAACUGAUCCCUUUCUCGACAAUGAACCAAUACACGAAUAAGGAAUCCAAUACCCCGGAAAGCGAUACCAACCCUACUAGAAAUCACCAAACAGCCUCCUUUGCAAAUUACGAAGAAGGAGAUCAAGUGCUUUCCAGACUGUUCCCUUUCUCGACACUGCACAAAAACGCGAACAAGGAAUCCAAUACCCCGGAAAGCGAUGCCAACCCUACAGCCUCCCUUGCAAAUUACGAAGAAGAUCGAGUCCUUUCCGAACUGUUCCCUUUCUCAACACAGCACAAAAACACGAAUAAGGAAUCAAAUAUCCCGGAAAACGACACAACCCUCCUCCAUAUCACCCUGAAAGACCCCAAUGCGACCUUUCCCAAUGAUAACCUUCCAGACGGUCAACGCACAAAGCCAAACCCCGAAGUCCUGAACUAUUUCGCACGGCUAAUCGCAGACAUCAACGCAGCUGCUGAAAAUGAGUCCAACGGAGCCUCAGGACGGUACAAACUCCUCCCCGUGGCUACAGGAAGGACCAUCUUAACCUCGGAGGGAAGUGACAGCCGGGACAUGGACCAAUCUUCGUCUAGGUCCGAUGGCCACUACCUCUUGGAAUCUGAACCCACGCCAUCGACCUUUCUCUACAGUUUCCCCUUGGUGCCUUAUCCCCCUUCAGGAAACAAUGGCACAGGGUUCGAUCUUAAGGGCAAGCCACCGGAAGGGCUCUCAGAUACCCCGGAUAAGGAGUUCCAUACCACAUACGAGUCAUUGGAAGCAGGAUUGAACGCUGGAAAGACAUCAGGAAGUCAAAUAUGGGAUGAACUAACAGGAUCCAGUCCCAUAGCGGAGAAUCGACGCUUGAAACACCACGAGGAGGAUCAUGCGCUUCAACCCGACUUUCAACCCAGUGUUAAGGAAUCGGGCACUCCUGAAGGGUCUGAAGAGGUGUUGGAAUCCUCUGCGUCGGGUUUCGGGGCGGGUUACUUGGCUCACCUUCCUCGCCCGGUCCUGGUUGGUGAUGGAGUCUACCAAUACGGCUCCGGACAUCCCUUAGAGGCUGUUCCUCACUACGCCUUCGAGUACGUGGUUCGAGACCCUCUGCACGGCGGGCUGCACGGGCACACGGAGACGCGGCACGGGAAAAACACGCACGGACGCUACUUCAUCCUGCUCCCCGACGGACGGCUUCAAACCGUCACCUACAUCGCCAACGAACACGGCUAUUUCCCGCAGAUGGUCUACACAGGGGAGGCGAAACCCUUUGUGAGGCCCCCAGGGGUAUCCAAGCCUUUCUACAGAGCCCUGAAUCCUCUUUACCACAAGGACAAGUUCGUAAUGCCACAUGCGGUCCUUUUCAAGCCUAAAUCCGCUUAUGUUAUCAAGUAUGGGGAUCAGACACCCUAUUCCUCGCUUGGUGUUCCCUUCAAGCCCAAUUAUGUGACUCCAGCCCCUCUCCUGCCUGUUCUAAAGCCUGGUUAUGCUCCUGGGCUUACAACGGCUAUUCCUCCUUUGCUAACCUCACCAGCGACGUAUGUGAGCCCGUUUUCUUCACCUUAUCACAAUCACCACAAGCCUUAUCUCACUACUACGUUAGGGCCGGUCAUAUCACCUCGUCCACUCAUCGUCACGAAGUCCCAGCCACGCCCGUAUCCUUAUUCACUAACAGCGUCCAAGGUUAGUCUUCUCCCUCACUAUCCAACCCCUCAACUCACCCCGCGUCCAGUUUUCACCUCUCACCCCCCUCUCGUGACCUCCAGAAAGCCUAGUUUGACCCCUUUCCUGCCUACGGUUAAGGGGGGUUUAUCGUUCUCUCCUCUCGACUCGCAUUCUCAUGUCGUCCCUUCGUCUCCUGCUCCGUCAAAAUUCCACUCUGAUUUCUCCCCUUCUCAUCCGUCUGUCAUCCACUCCCUUCACUCGACUUCUUCGCCCCACGGCCACCACGUCUCUCAUUCGCCACCUAAGUUCUCCCAUCAUCAUCAUCAUCAUCAUCCUUCUCCCAUCCAUUUCUCAUCCACAACGCCGUAUCCUAAGCCGUUCCACCCCACCGUCAUCACCACGACCCUCAAACCGAGACCCAAGCCUCACCCUCAUGUCUUCCACGCCUCUCACGAACCUUACUUGGACCGACCUCCCUUCAGCGUCUCUGUGGCAUCGUCCGCCGAACACCAUCACCACGGAUACUCAAAGAAGGAAUCCAAACGUCCUUCUGUUAUAUCCACCACCACGAUCAUCACCUCAGAGCCGAAUCCAGAGCCUCAUAAUGUGUUCACGAUUGGGGUGACGGAGAGACCACGCCGCCUCGCCGCCAGCACCACCACAACCACGGUCGAGGGUAAAAGAUCCUUCCCAACCCUGAAACCGAAGCCGAUCUACCCUGAAACCGAGUCAGAAUCAGAAUCCCUUUACACUUCUCAUCCUCACAGCGAAAGGGACAAAGGGCAAGUCCUCGUGACCACGCCGCCGGAGUUCGCGGACGCCAGACUCAAAGGUUACAGCUCACCGAAGUCUACUGAUGUUCUUGAAGACUCGUUUCUGGGACCACUGCUAGCUAGAGGCGUGAAGGAGUCCCCGCGGAUGUUCGUUACUCCGCCAUCUGCUAAAGAGACCUUCGAGUCCCACAGCCUUAACCACGAUGAGACCACAAGCACGCCAGACCAUGAAUCUCCUUCCAAUAUACCCUCAGACACGCCGCAGACCACUAAGACCCACGAUAGCCCUCCCGAGAAGCCGUUUUCCCCAUCGAAGCCUGCCCCACACACACCCAAGAGACCUCACGUGUUAGCCCAGUCACCUUCUACUUCGUCCUCUCCUUCCGAGCACUCAGAGCCACAUAAGUACUCCAUAGACAUCAGAGUGGCCCCCGGCGCCUACCCUUCCCAUGGGACUCUCUUCCGCGCUCCAUCUCCGGCUUCGCAUCGCCACGCCCGGCAACACUCCAACCACGAAGACGCUGACGAGCCCUACAACCACUCCGUUCAGCCCGACAAAGCCCUUUCCUCCGCUCCAGUCUCCUUCGAUCCCUUUCUGAGACACGGAUCCUUCAUAAUAGACUCCAGCACGGGCGUUGAACCUUUAUCCCAUGUCCCCGAAACCUUAUCUGCAGAGCCCACGGAGUCCCAUCUCUUGGAACCACUGGAUGCGCCUGAACUUCUUCCCUGGCGACCGCUUUCAAUCCACAGUCCUCUUUCCCCUUCCUCCGUGUACCAUUCCCCACCCUCGCCCUUCCUGUACCCUUACUCCUCCUCCUCCUCCUCCUCCGUCAAACGUGAAUCCGCAGGGAGAUAUCACAGCCUGGAGGGCAUUGAGGACAGCAACAUAAGUGGAGACCAAACUCGAAAGGAAUCACCGACGCAUUCCGAACCUGAGAACUUGAAGGAGGAGGAGGAGGAAGGAUUCACGCACGGCAAUGUUGAGCACGAGGAAGCGGAGAAAGAGUAUGUGGUUCGUGUGGAAGCGUCCGUGCAUAGCCUUCCGAAUAGGGUACUCCACUUGUCUUCUCCUCCUCCUCCUCCUCCUCCUCCUCGUCCUCCUCCUCGAAGUAGCUGAAUGUGUGUGUGUGUGUGUUUGUGUGUGUAAGCUUUCGAGGUAUGGUAUAGUUGCGUUUAGCUCUUAGUUGGUCGUCUUUUGUACAUAUAGAUGUUAAUGUUAUAUCUUAAAAAUGUUGAAUAGAUGAAUAAAAUGUUA